AUGGCACCUACUCGUCGUGUCGCGGUCAUUCAGUGGCAUAUCAAGGAACUGGACAUCGACUACAACCACAACACGGCAUGCAAUUAUAUCCGACAAGCGGCGCUGCAAGGCGCUGAACUGGCCGUUCUCCCAGAAUACCAUCUCAGCGGCUGGGUCCCGGACGAUCCCCUCUGGGCCCUCCAAGCCGCCGAAUCGGCCAAAUACCUCACACGCUACCAGGCCCUCGCCAAAGAGCUCAACAUCUGCGUCGUGCCGGGGACAAUCAUCGAGAAACACGACGACCCAAACACGCCAACCCAGUUCUUCAACACGGCCUACUUCAUCUCCAACGAUGGGAGUAUCCUCGGGUCUUACCGCAAGAAGAACAUCUGGCAUCCCGAGCGCCCGCACCUCACUUCCUCGGGCUCAGAGCGGCAUGUCGCGUUCGAUACGCCGAUUGGGCGGGUGGGAAUGCUGAUUUGUUGGGAUCUUGCCUUUCCGGAGGCGUUUCGGGAGUUGAUUGCUGACGGCGCCGAGGUGGUGAUUCUUCCUACCUUCUGGACACCCAACGAUGCGUCCCCAGAGGCACUAUCGUACAACCCGGCAUCGGAAGCCCUCUUCCUCGAAUCAACGCUCACAGCGCGUUGUUUCGAAAACACCUGCGGCAUCAUCUUCGUGAAUGCCGCCGGUCCGCCGGAGAACUUCCUGGGUAUGUCGCGCGUUGUCCUUCCGACCGUUGGGCCGGUGGGGAAGAUGGGUUCGGAGGAGGGGUUGCUUGUUGUGGACAUGGAUUUGGGGGUGCUAGAUAUCGCGGAGAAGAAUUAUAAGGUGAGGCAGGAUAUGGGCAGGGAGGAUUGGUAUUAUGUUUACAGGCAUUCUACUUCGCAGUAG